AAAAUUAGAGAUUUGCCCAUUUCAAAUACACCACCCAAAACCCUGGACCGGGACCGUGCUGUCAACCUCUCUCUUUCGUCUCUUCUCUUUCUUUUCGUCUUUGUGGUUCCAUAGUCGCUUGCUUAAGAAGCCAUGACAAGCACCUCUGCCUCUUCACGCAAGGCUCUAAGCAAGAUCGCCUGCAAUAGGCUUCAGAAAGAACUUGUGGAGUGGCAGGUUAAUCCUCCAACCGGAUUCAAACACAAAGUUACUGAUAAUCUUCAAAGAUGGGUUAUCGAAGUCAAUGGAGCCCCUGGGACUUUGUACGCUAAUGAAACAUAUCAGCUUCAAGUUGAUUUUCCCGAGCAUUACCCUAUGGAAGCACCACAGGUGAUUUUUCUCCAUCCGGCACCCCUGCAUCCUCACAUCUAUAGCAAUGGCCACAUCUGUUUAGAUAUCCUGUAUGAUUCAUGGUCGCCAGCUAUGACUGUUAGUUCAAUCUGUAUAAGCAUUCUCUCUAUGUUAUCGAGUUCUACUGUGAAGCAACGCCCUGCUGAUAAUGAUCGUUAUGUGAAGAACUGUAGGAAUGGGAGAUCUCCGAAGGAGACCAGAUGGUGGUUUCACGAUGAUAAAGUGUAAUUUUAUAUGUAAUGGAUUAAUAAAAUAUUUAAUAUGUAUAAAAAGAAAUGAUGGAGUUUUAAGUACUAAUUAUCAAGAUUGGUGGUUGGUGGAAAAGAGUACUGCCACCAUAAAAGAUUCAGCAA